UACAUCACCAAUACUGGUACACAUUUUCUGUUUCGUACAAAUAAAGAUGCUCCAAACUAUAGAAUAGUUGUUAUUGAUUUUAAAAAUCCGUCCGAAGAAAAUUGGAUAGACUUAAUAUCAGAGCAUUCUAAAGAUGUUUUGGACUGGGCACAUGCUAUUAACAUGAAUAUGAUUGUGGUUUGCUACCUCAGGGAUGUCAAGAAUGCAAUGGCAAUUCAUGACUUGAAGACUGGUAAAAAAAUAUAUGAUUUCAAGUUAGAUCUUGGAACUAUAUCUGCUUUUUCUGGAAAACGUUACCAUAAAGAAAUGUUUUAUAGUUUUGGCUCAUUUUUAACACCAAAUAUUAUUUAUAAGGUCAACUUUGAUGAAGAAAAAAUUAAGGAAGAGGUAAUGGAUGUUUGCAAGAAAUUACUUUUGCAUUCCUCUAGUAAGGAAGAAUAUGGGGAUAACUGGCAUAAUGGCGGUAGGUUUGAACAAAAGCAGAAUUGCUUUGAUGACUUUCAGUAUGCAGCAAAAUUUUUGGUAAAAGAGAAAUAUACAUCUGUUGAAAAGUUGACAAUACAAGGUGGUUCGAAUGGUGGGCUUUUGGUAGCUGCAUGCCUCAAUCAGGCUCCUGAAUUAUUUGGAGCUGCCAUUUGUCAAGUUGGUGUGUUGGAUAUGCUACGAUACCAUAAAUUUACCAUUGGUUAUGCUUGGAAAUCAGACUACGGGUGUUCCGAUGAAGAGGAUCAAUUUAAAUAUUUAUAUAAAUACUCUCCUCUGCAUAAUAUUCAAAUACCAAAAGAUGGUACUCAAUAUCCAGCAACAUUGCUACUAACAGCUGAUCAUGAUGAUAGGGUGGUACCUUUACAUUCAUUGAAAUUCAUUGCUGAACUACAAUAUAAGGUUGGAAAGUUGCCAACUCAAAAGAACCCCUUGUUUAUUCGGAUAGAGACAAGAGCAGGGCAUGGCGCAGGAAAACCAACUUCAAAAAUUGUGAGUUAUGCAACUUGAACAGUUUCAGUUAAACUUUUUUUCUAAGUUGUGGAACACGAACACCGGUGAAUAUUUCAGCUCAUGGCAGUGUUUAUAUUUAUUAUGAUGAAGAGAAUCAUCUCAAAACGCUUCGAAAUCAGUAUUUGGAAAUCAAACGAAGUGAAAACUUGACUGAACUCAAUCAAAUUCGGAGUAAUCUUUAAAGAGCAUGCAAACUACAUAUUGAAAACUAAUUUUUUUAAAGUAAAUGUGUUAUUCAGAUGUUCAAGAUAUGGAAAAAAAGGUAAUAUACUUCUAUGUGCUUCAUUUUGUCAUGUAACUGAAGCACUCGAUUAAUCAAGAAAUUACUUUUGCAU